AUGGGCGACCCAACGGAAAAGGUGGACACAACUCUCUCCGCCGAGCAGAAGCAUGUGGGAGACAAGUAUGAAGUGCCCACAUAUGAGGCGCACUCAUCGCUCGACAGCUUGAAGCAAAGGGUACGGCACCACUAUGAAAUUGCUUCCGACUAUUACUACUCCCUGUGGGGCCAACAUAUCCACCACGCCUAUUUCCUCACUCCGGAUGACACCAAGGAGACUGGUCAAACCAACCUUAUCAACCUUCUCUUGGACAUUUCCAAGCUCCCGCCCAACGCCACUGUCCUCGAUGUGGGCUGUGGCAUUGGGGGCACCACCCGCCAUUUGGCCCGCGAGCAUGGCUGCACUGUGACCGGCAUCACCAUCAGCGGACGACAAGUCCAGAUCGCAAAGCGCCUAACCAACGAUGAAGCUGCCCGAGUACCCAGCAAUAGCAUCUCCAACUCAACAACCGCGGUCGCUAAAGGCUCCGAAGGCUCAGACAACUUUAUGCCCCUCGGCCCUAAGAAUGGCAAAGUCCACUACUUCGAACUCGACGCGGAAAAAAUGGAAAGCCGCUUCCCUUCACAGUCGUUCGACUGUGUCUGGAUCUCCGAAGCCCUCUCCCACUUUCCAGACAAGGCCUUGUUCUUCCGCAAUGCCGCGCGCGUCCUGCGGCCCGACGGCAAACUCGUGCUCGCAGACUGGUUCAAAUCCGCGCCCUUGACCACCGAGCAGAUGGAGAACGACAUCAAGCCGAUCGAGGACGGCAUGCUCCUCCCUCCGCUCAACACCAUGGCUGAGUACAUCGCCAUGGCCGAAUCAGCGGGCCUCCGCGUAUUCCACGCGCCAAAGGACAUAUCCCAGCAAGUGGCGCGCACCUGGGACAUCAGUUGGGAGCUAGUCAGCAAUCCCAGCCUCUGGGCAUUUGCCAUCUCCCAGGGCCGGGACGGGCUCGCGUUUCUGCAGGCUUUCCGCGCCAUGCGACGCGGGUACAGCAAUGGGACCUUCCGGUACGGCGUCAUGUGUUUUGAGAAGGCUUGA